AUGGCAGACACGACUCAUCCUAUGGAUGAGUUUUGUGGAUCGAAAUUUUGGGAUCUCAAUGAAACCUGGUAUACAUUUGAUCCGGACUUUACACCAUGUUUCGAACAAACCGUUCUAGUAUGGGCGCCAUGUGCGUUCUUUUGGGCAUUUUGUAUAUUCGAUUUUUACUAUCUGAAGGCCAGUCUAGAUAAGAAUAUACCAUGGAAUAAACUAAAUAUAAGUAAAUUAUUGCUGACCUUGGCACUAUUAGUGCUGACAGCCGUUGACUUUAUAAUGGCUAUGGUGAAAAAGGGCGACGAGGCAACAGCCGAUCUUAUCUAUCCGGUUGAAAUAUGGACACCCGUAAUAAAGUUUGCCACAUUUACCCUCAUACUAAUAUUCAUUCCAUUGAAUCGCAAAUAUGGCGUACAAACAUCCGGUUGUCAAUUCCUAUUCUGGUUCCUAUUAACAAUAUUCUCAAUACCUCGAUGUCGUACCGAGGUGCGUGCUGAACAUGAUCGUUCACAAGUGCUGCAAUCCUCAAUUAGUGAAAUGCCCGAUUAUUCAUGGGAUGAAUAUAAAUAUGUUAGUUUUAUGAUCUACUUUGCGUUCUGUUGUGCAAUGCUUCUGUUGAAUUGUUUUGCCGAUGCCCGACCCCGGGAAACUAAGUACAAACGUACCGACAAGGAAAUCCCAGAAAAUUCAGCCAGUUUCCUAUCACGCAUCACAUAUCAAUGGUUUGAUAUUAUGGCAUGGAAGGGUUAUCGCAAUCCUUUGGAAGAGAAAGAUUUAUGGGAUUUGAGGCCACAGGAUAGCUGUAAGGAAAUUAUGCCAAUUUUCGCCUACUACUGGAAUAAGAAUAUUCGCAAGAACUACAAGGUUGAUGCCAGUCAGCCUAAAGUGAAAUUUAGCAAUGGCCAGGUAUCAUUUGACAAUCCACACGGUCCCAAGAAUGGCAAGAAACAGGGUGAAGCCUCGAUUAUGCCACCAAUUAUUAAGUCGUUUGGUGGUGUUUUCCUCUUCGGUUCCAUGAUGAAACUGAUCACCGAUAUCCUAACUUUUGCCCAACCCCAGGUGUUGCGUUGGAUUAUUGGCUUUGUUGAAGAUUAUACUCUACCCGAAGAUCAGCAGCAACCAGAAUGGAAGGGUAUUUUCUAUGCAGUUCUACUUUUCCUUUUGGCUGCUGUCCAGACUAUAAUUUUGGGCCAAUAUUUCCAUCGCAUGUUUAUUGUGGGUCUACGUAUUCGUACGGCGCUGAUCAAUGCCAUUUAUCGUAAGGCUUUGGUAUUGUCGAAUGCCACCCGGAAGGAAUCGACAGUGGGUGAAAUUGUCAAUUUGAUGGCUGUGGAUGCUCAACGUUUUAUGGAUUUGACAACCUAUUUGAAUAUGUUGUGGUCGGCACCGCUUCAAAUUGCAUUGGCUUUGUAUUUCUUGUGGCAAUUGUUGGGUCCCUCCGUUUUGGCUGGUCUUGCUGUAAUGAUUAUCUUGAUUCCCGUCAAUGGUGUCAUUGCCAAUCGCAUUAAGACCUAUCAAAUACGACAAAUGAAAUACAAAGAUGAACGUGUUAAAUUGAUGAAUGAAGUUUUGAGUGGUAUUAAGGUCUUGAAAUUAUAUGCCUGGGAACCUAGCUUUGAAAAACAAGUUUUGGAGAUUCGUGAAAAGGAAAUUGCCACCUUGAAAUCAACAGCCUAUCUGAAUGCCAGUACCUCGUUCUUGUGGUCUUGUGCUCCAUUUUUGGUAUCAUUGGUCACAUUUGCCACAUACGUAUUAAUUGAUGAAAAUAAUGUUCUCGAUGCUACUAAAACAUUCGUCUCAUUAUCAUUAUUCAAUAUCUUACGUUUCCCAUUAACUAUGUUACCCAUGUUGAUCUCGAAUUUGGUCCAAACCCAAGUCUCCGUUAAGCGUAUCAAUAAAUUCAUGAACAGUGAAGAAUUGGAUCCCAAUAAUGUGCAACAUGACCCCAAGAAACCCCAUCCCUUGUCAAUUGAAAACGGUGUAUUCUCCUGGGGUGAUGGUGAUAUUACCUUGAAAAACAUCAACAUGCAUGUCAAGAAAAAUACUCUCUGUGCCAUUGUUGGUACUGUGGGUUCGGGUAAAUCAUCUGUGGUUCAAGCCUACCUUGGCGAAAUGGAAAAAAUAUCUGGUUCAGUAAAUACAGUCGGAUCUAUUGCCUAUGUCCCACAACAGGCAUGGAUUCAAAAUUCCACCUUGCGUGACAAUAUCCUCUUUGGCAAACCAUAUGAUCGUAAACGUUAUAAUCGUGUCAUUGAUGCCUGUGCCUUGCGACCCGAUAUUCAAAUGUUAUCCGCUGGCGAUCAAACUGAAAUCGGUGAAAAGGGUAUUAAUUUAUCCGGUGGCCAGAAGCAACGUAUUUCAAUGGCCCGUGCUGUGUACAGUGAUGCUGAUCUAUAUUUCUUGGAUGAUCCAUUGAGUGCCGUCGAUUCUCAUGUGGGAAAACACAUAUUUGAACAAGUUAUUGGUCCCAAGGGGUUGCUGGGCAAAAAGACACGAGUUUUGGUUACCCAUGGUAUCACAUUCUUGCCACAAACCGAUAACAUUUAUGUCAUGAAAAUGGGUGAAAUCAGUGAAAGUGGUACCUAUCAGGAGCUGCUGAUUAAGAAGGGUGAUUUCUCUGAUUUCCUUUUGCAACAUUUGCAAGAGGGCGGUGAAGAGGUUGAAGAUUUGGAUGUUAUUAAACAGCAGUUGGAGGGUAAUCUGCAAUCGGAUGAAUUGAAAAAUCAAUUCCGUAAGGCUAUUACAUUGGCUAAACAGGAAAGUUUAUCGGAUUCUGUUUCGGUCCGUUCAUUUGAAAGUGGUACCAGCAGUAUUAGACGCCGCAAACGCAUGGACUCGCAAACUUCUGUGACAACUGUGGCCUCCAAAAAGGAUUUGGAAGAUCAAGGCAAACUCAUUGAGACUGAAAAAUCACAAACUGGUGGUGUUGAAUUUGCCGUCUACAAACAUUACAUGAAGAGUGUUGGUAUUUUCCUAUCCUUGGCCACGUUGAUAUUGAAUUUCGUAUUUCAAGCUUUCCAAAUUGGUUCAAAUCUAUGGUUGACAAAAUGGUCCAAUGAUAAAGAUGUAGCCAACGAUACCGGACUGCGUGAUAUGUAUUUGGGGGUAUAUGGUGCCUUUGGUUUUGGUCAAGGUGUAUGCUCUUAUUUUGCCGUAGUAGCCGUUUAUUAUGGUACAUUUGAGGCUGCCAAGACCUUGCAUAAUGAUCUCUUGAAAAUUAUUAUGCGCAAUUCGGUGAGUCGAUUUUUUGAUAUAAUACCAAUUGGACGUUUGCUGAAUCACUUUAGCGGUGAUAUGGAAGUCAUCGAUGGAGAAUUACCAGGCACCGUGGAUACUUUAUUGACAUUUUUGUUUUCGGUUUUGGCCACCAUUGUCGUUAUUAGUAUGUCCACACCGAUUUUCUUGGCUGUCAUUGUACCCAUCGCCUUCCUGUACUAUUUCGCCCAACGUUUCUAUGUGGCCACAUCACGGCAAUUGAUGCGUUUGGAAUCCGUAUCCAGAUCGCCAAUUUAUUCGCAUUUCGGUGAAACUGUAACUGGGGUAUCCACCAUUCGUGCCUAUGCAGUCCAAGAUAGAUUUAUCGAUGAAUCGGAUAACAAAGUCGACAAAAAUCAAAUUUGUAAAUAUCCCUCAUUGAUUGCCAAUCGUUGGUUGGCCAUCCGUUUGGAAAUGGUUGGUAAUCUGAUUAUCCUCUUCGCCUCAUUGUUUGCCGUAUUGGGUGGCCAGACAAAUCCCGGUUUGGUCGGCCUCUCUGUCAGUUAUGCCCUGCAAGUUACCCAAACGUUGAAUUGGUUGGUUCGCAUGUCUUCGGAUAUUGAAACGAAUAUUGUGGCCGUUGAACGUAUCAAGGAAUAUGGGGAGACCAAACAGGAAGCUCCAUGGGAAAUUGAAGGCUCCAAAGUGCCACGUGAUUGGCCCGAACAGGGUCAGGUAUGCUUUGAAGAUUUCAAAGUACGCUAUCGUGAGGGUUUGGAUUUGGUGUUGCGUGGUAUUAGUUUCAAAAUUGCCGGCGGUGAAAAGGUCGGUAUUGUUGGACGCACCGGUGCUGGCAAAUCCAGUUUGACAUUGGCUUUGUUCCGUAUCAUCGAAGCUGCUGGCGGUCGCAUUCUUAUCGAUGGCAUUGAUAUUUCCACCUUGGGCUUGCAUACUCUACGUUCUCGCCUCACAAUUAUUCCCCAGGAUCCUGUGCUGUUCUCCGGCUCGUUGCGCAUCAAUUUGGAUCCCUUCGAAGUCAAGAGUGAUGAAGAAAUUUGGAAAGCUUUGGAAUUGUCCCAUUUGAAGGCAUUCGUCAAAUCACUACCAUCCGGUUUGAAUCAUGAAAUUACCGAAGGUGGUGAAAAUUUGUCGGUGGGUCAACGUCAAUUGGUGUGUUUGGCUCGUGCUCUGUUGCGUAAAACGAAAGUGUUGAUUUUGGAUGAAGCUACUGCCGCUGUCGAUUUGGAAACUGAUGAUUUAAUUCAGAAAACUAUUCGCUCUGAAUUCGCUGACUGUACCAUUCUGACAAUUGCCCAUCGUUUGAACACCAUUAUGGAUUCGGAUAAAGUUAUUGUUUUGGAUAAGGGUGAAAUUGCUGAAUUCGAUUCGCCCGCCAAUCUAUUGAACAAUCCUCAAAGCGCCUUCUAUAGCAUGGCUAAAGAUGCCAAUCUAGUUCGUAAACGUUUAACAUCUCAAAAUUCCGAAAGUGAAAUUUAAUCAAAUAUUUAAAAAAAAACAA